AUGCGACGAGCACUAUCACCAUCCACCAUGGUAUCAACAUUUUCCUCACCAGCCAAACGACCUAAAAUGGUUGUAUCUCGCAAUACAACAGUAAACAUCGACAGGAUACAUUCUGAACUAGAUGUCGUGACAAUACCUCGAUCUUAUCAAACUGAACUAAUGGAGCAAGCUAAACAUGAGAAUUUGAUUAUUUGCCUACCUACUGGGAGUGGGAAAACUUACAUAGCUGUUAUGCUUAUCAAAGAAAUGGCACAUACGAUACGUGCAAGUAUCCGAGAUGGAGGCAAACGAACAAUAUUUCUUGCCAAAACAGUGGCACUUGUUCAACAACAAAGUGAUUAUAUUCGUUUUCACACAGAUUUGAGUGUCGGCAAAUAUUAUGGUGAAUUGGGAGUUGACCUAUGGCAAAAAGAAAGAUGGGUCGAUGAAUUUGAACAACAUCAAGUACUCGUGUUCUCCGCUCAGGUGUUUCUCAAUCUCGUCGAUCACAAUUAUUUCCGUUUGACAGCAUCGAUCAGUGGCAAAAAAAUUACACCAGUUGAAUUAAGUAAAGUUGCCAAACAGAUUGAAAAUAUUUACAAAGCUCGGGUUGCUAGUGGUUCAGAUCGAGAGGAAAGUAAUCGGCAUGGUACAUCGGUUCAAAUCGAACAUAUUUACUAUUUGUCGUAUGAAGAUGAAAUCUGCAGCAAGAAUGAGAGUAUUAUGAUUGCUUUUGAUACCAUUGAAUCCAUUCUAGCUGAUCUGGGAUCAUAUUUAAGCAAGCAAAAAGCAGAACGUGAGAAGAUCGAACAUGAUCUUGUCGAAUUCAUGCUCACGACCGACCAUCUGGGUUCGAAUUUAACCAAAUACAAUGCUCUUUCAGUGGACUACACGAUAUUUCUUCAAUCAGAAUGUAUUAAUUUGCCUCGACUGAAAUAUUAUCUUAAGAAUUUGAUACAUACAGGCUAUGAACUUGGUAUCUAUGGUCUCUUUUUAGCAGCCGAAGCACUUCAAAAAGUGCUGAAGUUAUCUCAAGCACUCUAUUUAAUUACUAAUUCAGACGCAAAAGAAUUAUUUGAUAGUUCUUCACAACGAAUUGAUUGUCUUGUCGAUGAUAUUCUUCGAAAUUUGGUUCACAUCAAUCUGAAUAACGAUCAAAAUCUCUUCAGCUCCAAAGUACUUAAUUUAUUUCAACGUAUCAAGAAAGAUGUUGACGACGAUAAUCUUGGCCGCUGCAUUGUAUUUGUUGAACGCAUUUACACAGCAGCUAUUUUAAGUAAAAUAUUGGCUUUUCUCAGCGAGAAAAUGUUAUUGGAGAAUAAAAGUUGCCUGAAAAUAAAAUACCUCACUGGACCGAGAGCAAACAUAGGUGACGCGAUGAUGUCAGCUAAAUAUCAGCGUCAAGUUAUAAAAGAAUUUCGUACAGGUGAAAUCAAUGUUCUGGUAGCUACAGCAAUAGCUGAAGAAGGUCUUGAUAUUACAAAAUGUAAUCUUGUAUUUCGUUUCAAUAAACCGCCAAAUUUCUCUUCAUACAUGCAAUCGAAAGGACGCGCUCGUGCUAAACAAAAUGCGGCGUACGUAAUUCUGAUUGAUAAAUCGAAUGAAAAUAUAUUUUCAACUGAUUUGUUCACGUACCACAAUUAUGAAGAAAUUCAAAAGAUGCUGCAAGAAGAAUUUUCUAUCGAUAAUGACGACGAUUUGAAUACCAAUGAUCUAAAUCAGUUAGAACCUUAUCGAACAGACAAUGGCGUUGUCAUAAGUGCAAUACGUGCUGCUCAGAUUAUCUACGACUAUUGUACAAUUAUUGGCAAUGGUCGAUUAUGUCCACCUCGUAUUCUCUAUCAUAAAACCGAUCAUGGGACAUUCUCGAGUAUUCUCUCUAUGCCAGCAAAUUGUCCGAUACGUGAUGAUAUUAUUAUAAGUUCUUUUCCAUGUCAGCCGAUUGUUUCGUCCGAUAUUUGGUAUCUAUAUCGAAUUAAUAUUAAAACAGAAAAAGACAAACUCGGCUUUGUUGUACCAUCGAAACUAGACGAAUUACCAAAUUUUUGUCUCUAUACUGGUAACAAUGAAAUGCAAACAGUAGAUAUAGUUUAUGUGAAAACAAUUGACUAUAGAAAUUAUAGAAAUCAACUUGAACAUUUUGCUAAAUAUUUGUUUGAGAAUGUCUUCAAUGGUAUAGUGAAUAGUUUACACUCGAUUAUCGAGUUUAAUAUUGAACAUUCAUCAUUUAAAUUACUUCCAUGUUUAUUGAAAAGUGAGUCAGAUGUGAAUGAAAUCGAUUGUGAAAGAAUGUUGUCAAUAUGUAAUCGAUUGAAUAAAUCUGUCGAACAUCAAUCGCCAUUGUCCAUGAGUGAACUUUAUGUUGCUUGGCAUUUGCCACACAAACCAUUGUAUACCAUUAUGCCUGAUACUGCGCCGUCGAAGAGAACUUCAGAUUUGUGGGCACACAAGAUGAAAUCGGAAGCAAUCAAAACAUAUGCCGAUUAUUUCGAGAAAAAAUUACCGAACAUUUCUAUUCGUCGUGAUGCACUGAUGGCAACAAUGAAAGCUGUAAGCUAUCCUCGAAUAAAUUACCUUAAUGAAGUAUCAACGGGAAAAAAGGAAAAUAAAAAUUCUACAAAUGAUUAUAUCCUCAGCCAACUAGUUUACUAUCCAAUAGAACUUCUUCAUUAUGCUCCAGUAAAUCAAGCUGAUAUGAAAUUGUUCUAUAAGUUGCCAAGUAUUCUUGUACGUCUUACUCAAUUGCAUUGGAUUGAACAACUUCGAAGAUUAUUUGCUUCCGAGCUUCAAAUCUAUUCGUUGGCCAAUGUAGAACAAAUGCGAACGCCUGUUGUUUUCAGCGAUUGUCUUACGAAAAUCGAUCAUCCACCAGUUACGCCUAUCUUUAUUACUCGACGACCUCUGCUGCCAUUGACAUUACUCACAUACAAUUCAGCGACCAUAAACAAUGAGUUAACGAAUGACCAACCUUCUCCGGAUAUUUUCUUUCAAGCAAUAACACGUCGCUCCUGUAGUGAGCAGAUGGACAAUGAAAACUUUGAAGUUCUUGGUGAUUCAUUUCUCAAAUUGAUGGUUUCAAUGUCAUUGUAUUAUCGUUAUCCGCUGGCUAGUCCUGGUUUAUUAACAGCGAAAAAAAUUAAGCAAAUUUCAAAUGAGAAUCUUUAUCGAUUAGCCGUUCAAAAACAACUAAAAAUUUAUUUGAAUGUUAAAAAAAUUGUAUUUCGAGGUAAAGAUGCCAAUUGGUUGCCGCCCGGAUACAAGAUCAAUGAAACAGAAUUAACAACCGGUCAACAAUACUCUCAUCAAAAUGCAAAAAGAAAAGCUUUUAGUGAUAUGAUAGAAGCAUUUAUUGGUGCUUUUCUCAUCUCCACUAAUUAUAUGACGACGAUCAAAUUUAUGGACUGGCUUGGUCUCGAUGUUAUGCCGAACAAUACACAAGAUAGCCUAGUGGAACCACCAUCGAUUCUCCGUUCAAAUAUAGCAACGAAUAAUAACAUUCAAAUCAAUGAAAUCAUGAAAACAUUUUUCGUUGAUCGAGUAUUCGCUGAAAUCGAAACAAAAAUCCAAUAUGUUUUCAAAAAUAAAGCAUAUCUUAUUGCAGCAUUUACACAUCCGUCGAAUUAUGCUAAUCGUAUCACAGAUUGUUAUGAACGAUUAGAGUUUCUUGGCGAUGCCUUGCUCGACUUUUUAGUCACGCGCCAUGUAUUCGUUAACUACAAUCAAAAUGUAACGCCUGGGAAAGUGACAGAUAUUCGUCAAGAUUUAUCGAACAAUGGUCGCCUUGCCUAUAUUUUGGUUGCUUGUGAUCUUCACAAGAAGAUUCUUCACAAUUCAACUGAUUUGUUUAGUCAGAUUUCCUCGUAUGCUGGUGAUGAAGAUUUAUUUCCAAAAGAUCAAUCAACAGAUGAAUAUCUGAGUAGGGAUCUUGAUCAAUGGGCCGAUUCAACAGCUCCUAAAGCUCUAGCUGAUGUAUUCGAGGCACUAGUUGGUGCAAUCUUUCUCGAUGCUGGUAAUUGUCUAGAAACUGUAUGGCGCGUCGUCGAACCUUUACUACGAAAAUACAUUGAUCAAUCUAUCAUUCAUCCUAAUUUGAAUCCAAUCAGAUCGUUCUCAGAACAUGGUGGCAAACUAAUCAAAGAAUCGAUAGACAAAGGUGGUGACACUCAAAUGGCAGUCUGUAUUGUUCAAAUGCCAAAUGGUUCUCUAUUCGAAGGCCGCGGUGUGAAUAAGAAAUUAGCCAAAGCUAAUGCAUGUCGCCAAGCAAUGAAACAACAGCAACACAAUGAAAACAUAUUUCAACAAACAGGAUGA